AUGACAAAAUCAAACUCUAAUUAUCAUGGUACAAGGUAUGUUCACCUAUCACCGGCAAAACAAGAUACAAAUUCAUUAUCUGAGUUGUCAGUCAAAUUUAAACCAUUUACCAAGAACCUAAAAAAGUUUAAGCGCAAAUGGGAUAACAUUAUAGAGAAGUAUCUGUGUAUAGAUGAUGAUGUUGAAAGUGACGAGAUUGAUCUUGUUUCUGGGCAGAUUAUCACCGAUAAUGGUCAUUUGAGACAAUUGAGGAUGCACAAAGAUAUAUGGUCUCCUACAAAAGGUUCAGUGCCUUCAAGCAUGAAUUACGACGAGUCGCCUACAAAGAAAAGGAAGAAAAUUGUAAAAAAAUUGCAAUCCAGUAACACGUAUUCUGGGGAGGAGGAGGAGGAGGAGGAGGAGGAGGAAGAGGAAGAAGAAGAAGAAGACGAGGAGGAAGAAGAGGAAGAAGAGGAAGAAGAAGACGAGUCGGUAAUCACGUCGUCAGAUGGUCAUGUUUCAGGUGAGGAGACCUCAUUUGAGGAGGAGAAAAAGAAAGAGCCAAAAAAGAAGGCAGAGAAGGUGAUUCUCGAGCCAGUUGUUGAAAAGGGAUUGAUACCGAGAACCAGUAAUAGUCCGUCAAAAGAUAACAAAACGGUAAUCUCCAGGGUGGUCGAGAACAAACUGCCAAUUAAAAAGACAGAGUUGGGUUUGACACAUAUCCCAAAUUUGAAGAAGGAAUCGCUAGGGAAGGACAUCAAAAUCACAGAAACAGUGUUAAAAGAUGGCGACUCUACACCUCUACAUAACGAAGUUGAGGCCCUGGGGUAUGAUUCAAUUGAAGAAUUAUUUGGCUAA